UUGCAGUCAGAAGAAGAGCAAGAGUUUUUACAGCGUAACGUACUGUCAUUCGGAAACAAAAGAUUAAGAAUUAAACGGACUGUAACGGGAUCAUAAGAUAUAAGGAACAGCGGUGAGACGCGAACAGCAGUAAAGUUCGUCACUUUAUGUAUUUAAAUCUAUCGUUCUCUACUAUGGUCAUUAUGGAAGUGUCCACCAUUGACUGCGCCUCGCUUCGGGAUCUGCUGGACGGAGACGAUCCGGGCUGUCUUAUUUUGGACUGUCGCUCUUUUUUCUCCUUCAACACGUCUCAUAUAUCGGGCUCCAGUAAUGUGCGCUUCAGUACGAUAGUGCGCCGGAGGGCCAGAGGUGGGCUGGGAUUGGAACACAUUGUGCCAAACGAGGACACCAGGAACAGACUUUUGUCCGGGGAAUACCAGAGUGUCGUGUUCAUGGAUGACCGGAGUCCAGAUAUCAAAGAAGUGAAGAAAGAUGGGACUUUGACUCUUGCCGUGAACGCUUUGUGUCGCAAUCCGUGUGGAGCAAGCGUGUUCUUUCUUAAAGGUGGAUUUGACACGUUUUCCUCCGAGUUUCCUGACAUGUGUACUAAGCCAGUUCUUCCACAAGACUUGAGUUUACCUCUGAGCUCAAGCUGUCGUCCCAACACGGCUGAGACCUCGUGUACGACCCCUCUGUAUGAUCAGGGUGGUCCUGUAGAAAUCUUGCCCUUCCUGUAUUUAGGCAGUGCCUACCAUGCCUCCAGAAAAGACAUGCUGGACAUGAUGGGAAUCACGGCCCUUAUAAACGUCUCUUCCAACUGCCCCAACCACUUUGAAGACCACUACCAGUACAAAAGUAUUCCUGUUGAGGACAACCACAAGGCCAAUAUCAGCUCCUGGUUCAACGAAGCCAUCGAAUUUAUCGAUUCGGUACGGAAUAAAGGUGGACGCGUCUUCGUUCAUUGUCAAGCUGGGAUCUCACGCUCCGCCACCAUCUGUUUGGCUUACCUGAUGCGCACCAACCGCGUGAGGCUCGAAGAGGCCUUCGAGUUUGUCAAACAGCGGCGCAGCAUCAUCUCGCCCAACUUCAGCUUCAUGGGGCAGCUCUUGCAGUUCGAAUCCCAGGUGCUGGCCUCGUCCACGUGCUCCUCGGAAGCCGGGAGCCCCGCCAUUGGCAAAGGCACCACAGUGUUCAACUUCCCAGUUUCCAUCCCUGUCCACACGGCGGCUAGUCCUCUUUCCUUCCUGCAGAGUCCCAUCACUACCUCGCCGUCCUGCUGAGAUAAAGCAGUCAGUUUUAUUUAUGUGCAGACUAUAUGAUCCCCGGGGUGAUCUUUUCAGUAUUAGACUUUGGAACUUUUGGUUCCUUUGUUGCUAUAGUUAUUCCACACUUGCUCGCUAUGUUGGAGCACCAGCUCCCGCAGACAUUUUUAACAUGUGACAUUUUAACCCAGUGGUCCAUACUUGAUUAAACCGAAGACUCAAAGUGACAAGACCUAGUGAAACACUCAAUUGUCCAUCAACGAGUCUUUGUGUAUGUGUGUUUUUAUUCUAAUUUUUAAUGUUUGUGAGCGUCUGACCUUGUUAAAGUUGAUAAUCAGAAGUUGUUUUGUUUUUAUUUGCUAGAAUUGAAAGAAACCCCACGUCUUUCAGGUUACUCAGGGAUUGUUUUUUUUUUUAACGUUGAUGUCAUUAGAUUUACAGGUGCUAAUCUCGACGAAUAUUCCUGGUUUCUUUUAUCUGUUUGAACAAUGAAUGUAGUUAACACAAGUCUGUGUGAGCUCUGCCUUAAGACAGUGGAACUUUAAAUGAUCAUUCUCGAGCCUUUCACAAAGCAAUCCAUUUCAUCAAGACGUUUGUUCUUCUGUAAACAAACGAGGAAUACCUCAUGUGUCUGUACUGUUGUCAGUCCACUAAGAGUCCUCCCACAAGCACUACUAACAGGAGCGGCUUUUAUGGGAUUGUUUUUGAUAUGUGACUAUUUAUUGACUAAAGUAAUAUAUUUCUUAUGCUAUAUUUUUUCAUGUUUGUGAUACCGGAUACCGACAAAUAAACUUUUCAUACAUAA